AUGGAGUCCAUCCCACUUCACCCUAAGGGCUCAAUAGAGGACCCGAUGACUGACGACAGUGAUCCUCUCUUAGACCACUUUGACAUACCCCACCCACAUCAUCUUCAUGUUCGAACUGCGCACUGGCUCUGGGCAUUGCAUCUCCUGUUUUUCCUCCUCUCUUUCUCCUUGCUAAUCUCAGCCUUGAGACUCAACCGAUCCUCUCCUACCGGCCCCCCUUUCACACACCUCGUGGAAUAUGAGGAUGUCCGCUUCCAAGGAAGCCUCUUCGACACAAAUCCAUACAAAGGGGCCCCCAACCCACACCUGGACGCGGCAUGGGGCCACAUCACUCACAUGGCGCAACUUGAGAUCACAGCAGAGGACAUGUUCCGGCUCAACAAACCGCUGACCCAGGUGAAAGUGGCCGAAACCGAGGGGAACGGGUAUGCGGGUGGGAUCGAGGUGUUCCAUCAGCUCCACUGCGUCAAUCUAGUUCGACAGUACACGUACUACGACUACUACUCUCAGCUGGAGAACAGACCGGCAGAGUUCAACGAUUCGAAUGAGACGCUGCGACUGCAUGUAGACCACUGCAUCGACAUGUUGCGACAAGUGAUCCAAUGCAACGGCGAUGUCGGGGUCGUGACGAGGAGCUGGGUCAAGGGUCGCGCUCUCAGCUACCCGGACUUCAGCGUAUGGCAUAAGUGCCGGAAGCUGGAGCCCAUCGCGCAGUACUCGAAGGCACACGAGAUUGACACAGAACCUACCAAACUUGCAGAUUCUUUGGAGCUCUCUGAGCCGCCAUGCACGGAUGCUGCGCCUGAUCAAAUUUGCCCGUAG